UUAAUCAACUUACAUUUCCCAUCAUCGGGCGGUGCCACAGCCAAACAUAUUGAUAAGAAGGCCGCAAUCAUCAGUGCCACGACCAUAAAUACUCACCCGAGCAGACAGAGCCCAACCCACGUCGAAGACGGCAAGUGCACAAAAUAUGGUCUUAUCUGGCUAGAAGGAGACACCCGACCCAGAGUUCACUCAAAAGAUUGCACGUAGCAGACAUGAUUCUGCCGUAAAACUGUGAUACAUUUGACCAUUUCGAGAUAGCUAUUAAUAAACUAAACAAUGGGACGACUCAAUCGACGCCUGCUGCCCAUUAAGGCGCACUUUUUCUUCUUUAUGGCGGCCAUGGGGCCCAUUCUGCCGCAGCUUUUGGUGAUUGGCAAACAGCUUGGAGUCCCUCCGGAUGUGAUGGGAUACAUAAUGGCCGUCUUGCCCAUACUCUAUGUUCUGGCCAAGCCCCUGGUGGGUUUCCUCGCGGACUAUUUCACGCGCCUGCGAAAGUUCAUCUUUAUUACCUUGAUCCUGGUCAUGACGCUGGCCUAUGCUGGCUUCUAUUUCCUGCCCAGUGAGCCAUUGGGAACUCAUGUCAUACGCCUGGACGAGGGCAGUGCCAAGUGGAAUGUCACCCUGCUGGAUGCACCAAAGGAGUGCCCUCCAGAGGUGCUCUCUUCUCCCGCCUUUUGCCAGAUGGUGUACCAGGCGGAAUGCGAAGGCUUUCAGGCUCUGGUUGUAGCCAAUGACGCGGCGGCGGGGCUCAAUCUCAGCCAGAACAUUCAGCACGGGAAUGAGAGCCACCACAUGUGCAGCCUCGACUCCGUCUCGCAGAUCAGUGGGACAACCGUCUACUGCGAGUUGCAGCACACUUACAGCUGCAUCUUUGGGAAUGGAAAGUUCUGGCUGUACGUGCUCCUGCUGUUCAUUGGCACCAUUGGCUUCAAUGUGACCAACUCCAUAUCAGAUGCCUGCUGCUUCGAUCUGCUGGGCGACGAAGAACAGGACAAGUACGGGGCCCAGAGAGUGUGGGGCACCAUUGGGUUUGGGGCCACCGCACUGCUGGCUGGCAUUGUGGUCGAUCUGUGGACCGCGGAUGCCGUGAAGAGCCUGACCCCCGCUCUGAUCAUCAUGUGCGUGUUCAGCACGAUGGAUUUGGUGAGCGUGUCCAAGCUGAAGCUGCCCAAGCUGGGCGGCUCCGAGACCAUUGCGAAGGAUGUUUGGCAGCUGGUGCGACAGCCACCGAUUGUCGUCUUCCUGGUGUUUGCCACCAUAGCGGGCAUUAUCGACUCGUUCAUCAUCUACUUCAUGUUCUGGCACGUGGAACAGGUGGCCGAGGAGACCGGCUAUAUGCAUCAGAUCAAGCUCAUCGAGGGCCUGGUGGUGGCUGCCGAGUGCCUGGCCGGCGAGGUGCCCUUCUUCUUCUACAGCGGCAAGAUCAUCAAGAAGCUCGGCUACGUCCACUGCAUGAGCAUGUGCUUUUUCUUCUAUGCGGUGCGCUUGUCGCUAAUUGCCUGGAUCCCGAACCCCUGGUACCUGGUGGGCGUGGAGCUGUUCUUCCAAGGCAUCACCUAUGCACUCUGCUACACGUGCAUCGUAGCCUAUGCCUCGGCUGUGGCGCCGCCAGGCACCUCGUCCACGGUUCAGGGCCUAAUGGCCGGCAUGGACGAUGGCCUCGGCUUCUCCAUUGGCUCUCUUAUCGGCGGACUCAUGUUCAAGCGGCUCGGGGGUCGAGAGAGUUUCAAGUACUUUGCCAUUGCCGCCAUAUGCACUUGUGUAGCCCACAUCCUGGUGCGUCCCACCUCCCGGAAGCGGCAGUUCCUGCCGAAACAAGUCUACCAGCAGCCCACGGAACAGGGGCAGGACGAGACAAAGUAUCCGCCAGCACGGGAGCUGCAGGACAUGCGAUAACCGAAGAUAAUCUUUAUAUAUUAUAUAUUUUUAAGAUCUUUUUUAUGUAUUUUGUUGCAUAUUUUUAUAUAAACUUUUAACAAGAAACAUGUUGUUCAAAA